CCGCCCGCCCGUUCUCGUUCUCCUCCUCCUCCUUUCCCCCCGCCCUUCCCGCGCGGUGGUUCGCUCCUCCCCGCCCCUUUCCCCCACCUCUCCCGUCCCCUCCCACCCCCGGCUCCCCGCGGUGGUCUGGCCCGGCCCGGCGGCGGAGGGAGCGGCGGAGCGGGCGGGCAGCGCUGCCGGGAGGGGGUCUCGCUCUGCGGGGGUCUCGCUCUGCGGGGACGCGGCGAGCGGCGGAGCGGGGCGGGGGAGACAGCGCAGCAGGGAGCGAGGCAGCGGGAGCGGCUCCCCGACCGCGGGCAGCACCAUGAGUGAACAGAGUAUCUGCCAAGCACGAGCUGCUGUCAUGGUCUACGAUGAUGCCAACAAGAAAUGGGUACCAGCUGGAGGAUCAACUGGAUUCAGCAGAGUUCACAUAUAUCAUCACACAGGCAACAACACAUUCAGAGUAGUGGGCAGGAAGAUUCAGGAUCACCAGGUGGUAAUCAAUUGUGCCAUUCCAAAAGGGCUGAAGUACAAUCAGGCUACACAGACCUUCCACCAGUGGCGUGAUGCUAGGCAAGUGUAUGGUCUGAAUUUUGGCAGCAAAGAAGAUGCCAAUGUCUUCGCAAGUGCCAUGAUGCAUGCCUUAGAAGUAUUAAAUUCACAGGAAGCUGGUCCUACAUUGCCUCGACAGAAUUCACAGCUUCCCUCUCAAGUACAAAAUGGUCCAUCACAAGAAGAAAUGGAAAUCCAGAGAAGACAGUUGCAAGAGCAGCAGAGGCAGAAGGAGCUGGAACGGGAGAGGCUGGACCGCGAACGGAUGGAACGGGAGAGGCUGGAGAGAGAGAGGCUGGAAAGGGAAAGGCUGGAGAGAGAGCGCCUGGAGCAGGAGCAGCUGGAGAGGGAACGGCAGGAGAGGGAACGGCAGGAGCGCCUGGAGAGGGAGAGACAGGAGAAGGAGAGGCAGGACCGGGAGAGACUGGAACGACUCGAACGGGAGAGGCAAGAGAGAGAACGGCAAGAACAGUUGGAAAGGGAACAGUUGGAAUGGGAAAGAGAGAGAAGAAUUUCAAAUGCUGCUACCCCUGCCUCUGUUGAGAACUCUCUAAACUCUGUGCUGGGAGACUCCUCUGCUUCUGAGCCAGUCUUGCAGGCGGCCUCUCAGCCGGUUGAAGCUCCGAGCCAGCAGGGUGUUGUCCAAGGACCGCCUGCACCUCCUCCUGCACCUCCCCUGCCCCCUGGCCCAGCUCAGUCUUCAGUAGCAGCCCCACCUCCUCCUGGCCCUCCACCACCUCCUCCCCUCCCACCUUCGGGGCCGCCCCCGCCGCCGCCGCCGCCUCCUCCGCUGCCCAGCCAAGCCCCUCCCGUUCCCCUGCCCCCUCCGGCUCCCCCCCUGCCAGCCUCUGGCUUUUCAGCGGGAUUCGUGGCCGAGGACAAUCGCCCUCUAACUGGACUAGCAGCUGCACUCGCUGGAGCCAAACUUAGGAAAGUCUCACGGGGUGAAGACUCCUCCAGUUCGAGUGGAGGAGGAGGAGGAGGCUCUGCUUCAUCCAAAACAGACGGUGGCCGUGGAAAUGGACCCCUUCCCUUGGGAGGCAGUGGGUUGAUGGAAGAAAUGAGUGCCCUGCUGGCCAGGAGGAGAAGAAUUGCUGAAAAGGGAUCAACAGAACCAGAGCAGAAAGAAGAUAAAGCUGAAGAAUCAGAGUCUUCAUCUUCUAAGGUUUCUUCGACAAGCACACCUGAACUAACAAGAAAGCCUUGGGAAAGGACAAAUACAGUGAAUGGAAGCAAGUCACCUGUUAUUUCCAGACGGGAAUCUCCAUGGAAAAAUCUGCUUGCUUCUGAAAACAGGUUCUAUGAUUCAUUAAACAGACCAAAAUCUACACCAACGGGACAGCCCAGUGCCAACGGAGUACAGUCAGAAGCUCUAGAUUAUGACAGAUUGAAGCAGGAUAUUUUAGAUGAAAUGAGGAAGGAGUUAACAAAAUUAAAGGAAGAACUCAUUGAUGCUAUCAGGCAGGAACUCAGCAAGUCCAACACUGCAUAGAAGGACUCGUACUAAGCCGAUGUGACUCUUUAACUUGAUAUAAAACUGACUACGUUUUGUGAGCUGUUAGAAGAAAACGGAGACAGACAGACAGACACUUGGAAGGAGGGAGAAACAACCUAUUCUGAAAAGCUUCAGACACAUCACUCUGGUGAUAAUGCUAUUCCCCUCCUAGUUUGCAGCUUUUUUCUGACCUUUACAGCAGGGUGGAAAAGACUCUUAAAGUUACUGUAAUGAUUAUGCAGAAAUUCCUACAUCUAUCAGACAAGAUCACAGUGCUUUGAAGUCUACUCAUGUCAAGAUAAAAUUGCACAUGUUUCAGAAUUUGUUGUUGAGACAAAAAAAAAACAAAAACAAACAGGGAAAAGCUCGGGAAGGCUUUUCAGAGAGGUUUUCUUUAUUAAUGAAGGAGUUAGCAAGUUAUACUGUUGUACUUCAAAUGUAUCUCAGGUUUGUCUUCCUAUCAUAUCUGAUAUUUCCAUGAGUCAUUUAAAGGAUCAGAUGUGUAGAAGUUCGGUUCACGAGACAAGGAGCAGUUGGAGACACGUGCUUUGGAAGGGCAAUAUUUGUAAGUAAGGGUGACCUAGACGGUGAUGACAUAUCAAGAUUUUGGAUUUUUAUGAUAGGAAGCCUCUCUAGUUAGCCUUCAUGCAAUUUUCUAGGAAAAUUAAAAAAUUAUAAAAAAAAAAAGCAAAUACAGUCCAGAGUUUAAAGAUGUAGAUGCCUUCCUACAUUGUUACGAUGCUUUACCAAAUCUAAGACUUCAACAUAAAGCGAAUCAGCAGUCAAAUGUAAAUCAUUAGUAUGUUGUAGAUUUACAGUAGAUUUUGGGGCUUUUUUUAGAUUUAUGCAUGUGGACAUUUUGUAAUGUAACACAACACAGCCAGCUUUUUAAUUAAAAGAGAAAUUGCAUGUCACAGAGUAGCCUUUUCAUUUGUAAGGCUUAAUUUAUGCCCAGGAAGAUGUGGGAAGAGGGAGGGGGAAGGUGACACAUUUUUAUUACUUUCUACACUUUUUCUUCAUCUUACAUGCAUGUGUAAUAAUGAGGAAAACAUGACUUUUAUCAGUAACCAUGUUAAUGGAACCAGGUACUUGAUCCUUUUGUAUCUUUUUUCAGUUUUCUAUUUGAAAUUCAGUAAUAACUUCCAGUAAUGGUUCUGAAACUCCCAGGUGAACCAAACUUGUUUCUCAGUGAGAGAAAAAACGUUGUAGGCAUCUGACUUGCUGAGGAUGCCCCUGUGUAAGUGCAUUGUCCUUCACCUUUUCACCAUGACCCUCUGCUUCACUCUUUUCUGAGUCUCCUUUUUAUUUGGUUGUUUAAUGAAACAGAACAGCAGGAGUUACCUGAGAAUGAUCAGGUCACAGUAAAUGGCCCCUUCUCUUCCUAAUUUAUCUGCCACCCUCCUUUCCAAAAAACCUCAAAACCAACAAGAAAACCCCCACAGCUCCACACGAGGCAAGCCCUGAAAAAUAGCAAUGAUAUGCUAUUGGUUGUGCUCAACAAUUUGAGAGUCAUUUUUAGGGGAGGUGAUACCUCUCUCUUUCCCAGGGUUUUCAAUCUUAUGAGUGUAAAUUUUUUGGUUUUUUAAUUUUGUUUUUUAAUGUGGUAAAGUUCAGUGGAAUAGAAAUUCUACAAAUUGGCUUUGUAGUGCUUUGGACAAAAAAAUAUGGAUCAAAAUCUUUCCUUUUCCAUUUUUCCAAGCCCUGUUUGCUUUGGAAUCUGUGCUGAUCCAGAAGAAAAGUUAACUUACAACUUGUGGAGAGAUUUGCUUACAAGUACAGGCAGCUCCAUUUGUGGCACAGAUGCUUUCAAUAGCAGACUGGUCUAGAGUGCUGGACCCCAAAGCAAAACAGCACUUAACAGCUUCAGAAAGGCUUCACUAGGAAAUCUUUUUCCCCUUCAAACUUUGCCUGAUCCUUAGGUUCAGAUUCUAAGGGAAGAUGACAGUGGAAAUAUUGCCUAACUCCAUUUAUUAAUUUAUUUUUUUUAAUAAAGAGGAGAAACAACAUCACUUUUCUGCAUGCAUUUAUUGAAGGCAUUAAAAAGAAAAAAUCCAUAGUAAGCUUGUCAAGUACUGUUUUUCUCAAAACAAGAGGAGGCAUUUUCAUCUUUGUUGAUGUAGCUUUUUGUUUUACACAGACUUUUUGAGCAGUAAGGAUGUUUACCCUUGUCAGGAAUCACGUUUGAUUCGUUUCUAGGAGGGUUCAGGAGUUACACAGUGGAAUAGCAUGGAUGGCUAUAAGUGGUCCAAAAUUAAAGGCUGAACUUCUAGAUUGUGCAAGGAACUGGCUUAUGCACUAAACGUUUUGUGCCUUGGUCUACAAUUAACAUGAUUUCUGUUUAAAAGAAAAAGGAACAGAUGUUGUCUUUUUGUGCUGCUUCUACAUCACAUUCUUUCUGUAAUCCCAACCUGCAGAACUGGUUCUUUCCAGGAAAUUGGAUUGAAUUAAAGAUUACUGUAGACAUUUCCUGACCUACUGACAGUUGCACCAGAGAUUUCAGUAUUGAAAAUGAACUGCAGAAGCUACGAUGACUUUGCUUACUGGUGACUAAGUCCUUUAAAAACCAUAUUGUGGUGGUUCUGUGCUUUUGUACAUGGAUGUCUUAAGCUGAGGGCAGUUUAAGGGAUCCUUCCUAAUGCCAGGAGGGCGUUGCUUUCCUCAACACUGUGACCUGACCUGUGAUAAACCUGCACUAGAGACGAGUGGCUCCCGAGUCAACCGCAAACCAACUGAAUGUAAAACCCUUAGUGCUGGUGCUGAAAUCUCUUCAGACAGUCACAAUGAUUUCCAGUUCCUUGUUUUAAAGUUACCAAGUGUCAAUCAAAGACUGAAGCUGUUCACUAAUGAAUGUUGACUUUUCAUGCAUUUAGGUUUACCUUCUUUUUAGUCUCUCAGUUCAUUCUCUGCUAUUUUUAUCAUAUUGUGUCAUUUUAAAUUUCUUACAUGCUAACGUUUUGUUUGAGCGAAUGAAAUAAAAUUGCAAUAUAUA